GCCCUUCUGUGCGGACGGAAGAUGGCUUCUGCCACCCGCUUCAUCCAACGGCUGCGGAACUGGGCAUCCGGGCAAGACCUGCAGGCGAAGCUGCAGCUGCGGUACCAGGAGAUCGCCAAGCGAACCCAGCCGCCACCCCGGCUCCCCGUGGGCCCCAGCCACAAGCUCUCUAACAAUUAUUACUGCACUCGCGAUGGCCGCCGGGAAGCCGUGCCCCCCUCCAUCGUCAUGUCCUCCCAGAAGGUGCUGGUGGCAGGCAAGCCAGCAGAGAGUGCGGUGGCAGCCACUGAGAAGAGGGCAGUGACACCAGCUCCACCCAUAAAGCCCUGGGAGUUGUCCCAGGACCAGCCCUACCUAUGACCUUGCACCCGGAGCCCCCCUGUGCUGCUUCCCCUCCCGGGGGACCGUGACCUCUCUGAUGACAAGUAUACCGAGCUUCCUGGUC